GACUCCCAAAAACAAUUUUUUCGAACAUUGCUUGGCCUUGUGUAUGUGAAUGAAUGACUGGGGUACAGUGUAGCUCUUUCUUUUGGAAGGUUGUGUUGUAGAGAGCGAAGAGCGAAGUGUUCAUAGCAAUUGAUAGUGACCUAUUGACAGGCUAGUACCGGUAGUAGUCGUCAAACUUUCUUCCAGAGAAACAGUGCUGUGAGAUCGGCAGAACAAUCAUGUCGUUCCAGAAGUUCAUGAACAAGAAGGAUUUCCAUCCUGGAUCCUUCAGGAAUAUCAAAAUGGCAUGGGAAGCCGAGGAAAAGACACGGCUUUCCAAGGAGAAGGAAGACAACAUGCGCACGCAGUAUGACAGGGAGCAGGAGCUCUAUCGCAAUCGGCAACAAAUGGCUGGUGGUGGUCGUGACAAACUUCAACUCAACUUCAUGUAUGACCUACCACCCGGUAUGAAGAGAGAGGAGAUGGAGAGGCAGGAGGAAGAUCCGGAGCUAGGUCCGGAUGGCUUGCCAAGGCUAAAGCUAGAAAAGAAGAAAUCAGUGCCUGCUAUCACCGAUAAGGAUGGCGCAGUUGCUUCGGCAUCAGCAGAGCCCGAGUACAUUGGCAGUAAACGGCACGUACAGUGCUACCGCUGUAGCAAGUGGGGUCAUGCUAACACUGACAAAAUUUGCCCAAUGUACAAUGUCCCCCGCGAUGAAGACAGAUUCAUCCACCGAGCUGACCCAAUGAAAUUGAUCCGGGAGAUGCAUCACGAUGGCUUUGCCUUCAACCGCUCACUCUAUGGUGGUGUCAUCAAUGUUGCACAGCGCGGUCAGGAACUCAUUAUAAGUGAUGAUGACAAUGAAGAGGACGGCUCGCGGGUGUCUGAUGAUAUGGCUAUUGUAGCGUCACUCAAUAAAGAGCAGAAACGUCGACUGCUAAAAAAACUGGAGAAUGUGGAAGAUGUAGACAAUGUGAACAUCACACAACUCCUAGCUGCAGCGGCCAGAGAGGAAAAGGAGGCGUCACGCAAUGUCACCGAGUCCCACCAACGCAAGUCGAAAAAGUCCCGUAAACACAAAAAGCAGAAGAAGAGUAGCAAGAGCAGUGAGAGCGGCGGCAGUGAUAGUGAUGAUGAUUCCAGCCAACAUGUAUCCCGCUCAAAGACAACUAGCUCCAGUGCCUCAAGCAGACAUCAUCACAAGCACCGCCGUCGAUCACAUUCAAGCUGCUCAGAUUCGCGCUCUCGCAGCCCAGUAAGCAGCAGCAGCAAGCGUUCACGUCAUGGCAGUGACCAUCAUCACCGCCACCACCGCCAUCAUAAGCACACAGAUCACCAUCGAUCUCAGCGUAGACAACAUGACAGUAGCAGCAGCGACGACGACAAUGACCACAGAAGUCACCGCCGUUCCCGUGAACAUCAUAGUGAACGAAGUGAACAUCAUAAAAGUACCAGCAGCAGCAGCAGCAGCAGUAGACGUCGGAAAGGCUAGGUUGACGUUGUAACUUGAUGUUGUAACUUGACGUUGUAACUUGAUGCUCCUGCCACAACACCUACUGUUACUACUAGGACUGCUGUUGCAGUUGUAAGCAUGUGCUGCUUGUGGAGAACGCCGGCAGCCAGGAGUUGUAGUGCUGAGCUUGGUGCAGGUGACGCAGGAAACGCAAUCUACAUGUACCUAAUUUCCUCGACCAGCCACCACUCAUCCAGUUGACAACAUGAGUAUCAAGUUAUCAGCUAUACAGUUCGAUCUAGCAACUAGCGGCCUGGUGAUCUCUGGGCCAUUCUCAGCUCCAGGUGUUCAAGUACAUGCAGUAGAAUGACCUACGUAUGGUGCGGGUAAACCAAGUUGCAGUACAGUGCACCGUGCUAGCAGCCGUGUACACAAUCAGCGCGCCAAUCAGCCGCCACUCUACAGACAUCAUACUAUAUCAUAGUGUGGCAGACAUCAGUCAUCAUCAGUGUACAUACGGCAGUCAUCAUCAGUGUUAUCAGUGUUUGGACUGUGACUGAUCAUGAGUGUACUGUACAGACAGUCAAUCUCCCUAACCUCGCUGACCUCCCUGACCUCCCUGACCAUGGAUCUACUGUGCAUUCAAGGAAGAUCGUCUUCAUUCUCGGCUCUUCUCUACACCAGCCAGCAGGGAAGAACAGGUUGGAGCAGGUUUGAACGGGUUGGAGCAAGCCCUUGAGCAAAUCCAGAGUCAUAUGUCUAUCCUGCAAGACAGCAAGAAUUUGCAUGAAAGCAGCAGCAGCAGCAGCAGCAGUGUGGUUGUAGUGUGCUUGAAUAUUCGUCUGCAUGAUAAACUGACUCGCCAGUCACCACUCACCAGGCCGCAUACUGCUACCGAAAGGGGCACUCUUUGUGUUACUCACUCACACCCAUGCUUACAUGUACUUGAAGUAACUUUAGGACGAUUACUCUGAACUCUGAAUUAUUCUUGCUAGCUAAUUCUUUAUGAUUGGCCUUGUACCAUGAACACUAUGCUAUUUACCACUGCGUCUCGAUUGGAAAGUAGUUUUAUAACAAUCUAAUUUUUUAAUUGUUCUCUUGACAUACAGCUACUCCUCUUUCGUAGACAAUGCAUCAAUUCAAAGAGCUGCAACUACCCCAGGAGUCUGGGGCUGGCUUAUAGCCACGAAUUCGAAUGAUUUCUUCUCCCCAGCUCUACCAGUAGGAUAUUACUAGCAGCACAUGUACUGUAGUUUAGUGUACUAGUAAUCGUUUAGACUUGUUUUUCAAUUCAAUUUUUUUUGCCAGUCUGGUCUUAUGCACGAGUUUAGGCUUGUCUGCAUGUCUGCUCUGAAUAAUGCUAACUUAAUGCCUUUUCACCUCCGAAGCCAAAUCCAACAAGUGAGAUUA